AACAAUUCUUGUUUUCACGAGGAAAGAUCCGGUGCUCCUCACUCAUAAAAUCAAAAUUAACUCUCUCUCGAUCUGUUCGCCGGCAAAUUCAUCAUGAACUAAGGGACGAUCGAACGGCUCCUCGGAUUUUCUGGUGGUAAAGCAUGGUAAAUUUUAUGAACGAUAAUUUUUCAACGAAAAUUUACAGGGUAAGCUUUGAAUUUGGGUGAUGUAAGAAGAGGUUAUAUGCUUCGAUCGGUAAUUAGAGAAGAAGAAGAAGAAGAAAGAGGGAAGUGUGUCAUCUUCGGUUGAAGCAUCGAAGAAGUGGGAAACUGGAAAGAAAUGGGUUUUCAGAAUAAAGGUUUUUGGAUGGCGAAGGGUCCUGCGCAUGUGUCUGAUGGAGAUGCAGCAUUUGAUAAUACAUCUAGGAUCGAACCCAAGCGGCCGCAUAAUUGGUUUGUUGAUGCUGAGUCACAGCUGUUCCCCAACAAGAAGCAAGCUAUACAAGCUGCAAACAACAAAUCAAGUUCUGAAUUUUCUAGUUCAAAUGUUCCCCCUUGGGAAGAUGUUUCCACUUUUCAGUCCGUUCCUAGUCAAUUUAUUGACCGGUUGUUUGGUUCCGAAUCUGAAAGGUCUGUCAAUUUCAGUGACAGGAACAUAUCUCCCAUAGAAGCAGCAGAUGACAUUAGAAGAAAAGGCAUUGAAGAUCAUUUCAGUGAAGAUGUAUCUGUUGGUUUGUCGAUAUCACCCUCCAUUGAAGAUUCUGAAUCAUGCUUUAAUUAUGGUGGAAUUAGAAAAGUUAAGGUCAAUCAAGUUAAGGAUUUUGAUAAUGGUAUGCAUGAUCCAAAACAUAGUUUUAGUAGGGGAAAUAACAGUGACAUGCCUACAAUUGAGUUGUAUAACAGGGAAAAUAUAAGUAGUUUCAUUUCAAUGGGGCAUGACUAUGAUAAGCAGUGUGAUAAUGUUGCAGCAAUGAGUCAUACCUAUAACAGGGAUGAUUUGCAUAACGCAACAGCUACCCCUGCCUACAAUAAGGAUAAUGAAAUUCCAAUAUCGAUGGCCAACACUUAUGUUAAAGAAGAUGCUGAUAUUCUUUCUUUCGGUGGCUUUCAUGAAGAGCAUGAAAUUAUCCCAGUGGGCAGGCCUCUUGAUAGCUUUGAUCCAUCAUACUGUCAAUCUUCCAAUCCAACAUUGGAAGAUGCUUCCGGAAAACAUUUGGACAUGCCUAUUACUGGUUCAGUUGCAACUGCAACUCCGACUGCUAAAUUAAGACCUAAUUCUACUUCAAGGACUAAACCAGAGUUCAAAUCAUCAAAGAAAGAAGCUCCGAACAGCUUCCCUUCAAAUGUUAGAAGCUUGAUAUCGACUGGUAUGCUUGAUGGUGUACAUGUGAAGUACAUUUCCUUGUCGCGGGAGGAGCUUCCUGGAGUUGUAAAAGGUUCUGGAUAUCUCUGUGGGUGUCAAUCAUGUAACUUCUCUAAGGUGCUAAAUGCGUAUAAGUUUGAGCACCAUGCUGGUUGCAAAACAAAGCAUCCGAACAAUCACAUUUACUUUGAGAAUGGAAAGACUAUCUAUCAGAUAGUACAAGAAUUGAAGAGCACGCCCGAGAGCUUGCUGUUCGAUACAAUUCAAACCGUGUUUGGUGCACCAAUUAAUCAGAAGUCUUUUCGCAUUUGGAAAGAAUCAUUUCAAGCAGCAACUCGUGAGCUUCAGCGCAUUUAUGGGAAAGAUGUACUAAACCUAUAGGAUGUUAUUCUCUGAACAACAGGGUCUUUCAAAAUGUAAGAUAAAGCACAAUCUCUCAGGUGAACCAUGUGCGUAGAAAAAAUAAACUAAUUUAAGACGUGUAUUGUAUGUGUUCGGUCAUUGAGAGUGCUUGGUAGACUUCAAAGUGUAAAUAAGGAUGCAAGGGGAGCUUUUAUCUAGCCGCCCAUGUAUUUAGGUUUUACAUAUAGAACCAGUGGUCUAACUAAUUCUCUUUAUAACUUCCCGUCUUCCCAGAAUCAUUUCAAGCAGCAACUCGUGAGCUUCAGCGCAUUUAUGGGAAAGAUGAACUAAACCUAUAGGAUGUUAUUCUCUGAACAACAGGGUCUUUCAAAAUGUAAGAUAAAGAACAAUCUCUCAGGUGAA